AUGGAGGAGAAUGACCCCAAGCCUAGCGAAGCGGCGGCGGCGGAGGGGCAGCGGCCGCCGGAAUCCAGCCCCAGCGGCGGCGCCGGCAGCCCUGGCGAGGCGGACACUGGCCGCCGGCGGGCUCUGAUGCUGCCUGCGGUCCUGCAGGCGCCCGGCAACCACCAGCACCCACACCGCAUCACCAACUUCUUCAUCGACAACAUCCUGCGACCCGAGUUCGGCCGGAGAAAGGACGCAGGGACGUGCUGUCCCGGCGCCGGAGGAGGCAGAGGCGCCGGGGCAGGCGGCGAAGGCGGCCUGGAGGGAGGCGGCGGCGCGGGCGGCGCGGAGCAGCUCCUGGUGUCGGGCCGGGAGCCCCGGCAGAACGCGCCCGGGGCGCCCGGGGCGGGCGGGCCGCUGCCCGGCGGUGGCGGUAGCGACUCUCCGGGUGACGGCGAAGGCGGCUCCAAAGCGCUCUCACUUCACAGCGGCGCCAAGAAAGGAGGAGACCCCGGGGGUCCCCUGGACGGGGCGCUCAAGGCCCGCGGCUUGGGCGGCGGCGACCUGUCGGUGAGCUCAGACUCGGACAGUUCGCAGGCCAGCGCCAACCUGGGCGCGCAGCCCAUGCUCUGGCCGGCUUGGGUCUACUGCACGCGCUACUCGGACCGACCUUCUUCAGGUCCCAGGUCUCGCAAACCAAAGAAGAAGAACCCCAACAAAGAGGACAAGCGGCCCCGCACGGCCUUCACGGCGGAGCAGCUGCAGCGGCUCAAGGCCGAGUUCCAGACCAACAGGUACCUUACGGAGCAGCGGCGCCAGAGCCUGGCGCAGGAGCUCAGCCUCAACGAGUCGCAGAUCAAGAUCUGGUUCCAGAACAAGCGCGCCAAGAUCAAGAAGGCCACGGGCAGCAAGAACACGCUGGCCGUGCACCUCAUGGCGCAGGGCCUGUACAACCACUCCACCACCGCCAAGGAGGGCAAGUCGGACAGCGAGUAG